AUUCAGCACUUUUCACUUCACUUCCUCCUUGAUAAGGUGUCGCCUUGUCUCAUACCGAACUUAUCCGUGUUUUCAAGAGACAUAGUCACUAUCUUUCUUGUAUGUUAUCGCGCCUUCAGACACGCGCAAUGUCUUCCGGACUCAGGACCGCGAAGGAUAUUCCGUCCAUCACUACCCUCUAUCGCAAAAAGAUGCUUUACCCUUCUCAAGGCGAAGAUCUGCCUACCCCGAACCAGCAGUACAGUGAUAAAGUGUGCCUCAUCAAAUACGAUAUCACGAAACUCGAGAUCGACGCCAUCGUCAAUGCUGCAAACAGAGGACUUCGUGGAGGUGGUGGUGUCGAUGGUGCAAUUCAACGUGCCGCUGGCCCAGAAUUGUUAAGAGAAUGCGCUACUCUAGGUGGAUGUGCAACUGGGUCUGCAAAGAUCACAGAUGCUUACAACCUUCCCUGCAAGAAAGUCAUCCACGCCGUCGGACCUAUCUUCGACAGCAUCGAAGAAUCAGAACCCUUCCUUCGCGGUUGCUACCGAACGUCCCUGGGCCUUGCUGUAGAAAAUGGUUGCAGAACGAUCGCUUUCCCCAAUAUCUCCUGCGGUGUCUAUGGCUACCCAGGGAGAGCCGCGGCUCAUGCAGCCUGUAGAGAGGUCUAUGCAUUCUUGAAGAAACCGGAGGGUCAAAAGCUCGACAAGGUGAUAUUCUGUAACUUCACGGACAAAGAUGUCGAGGCGUACAAGGAAUUCCUACCGACUCUAUUCCCACCAACCGAGGAUGACCUGUCCCAUACAGACUCGUCAGAUGGAAACCUAUGAACUACCUUCUAACGACGCACACUGCCAGGCUUGGUAUCACGACAUGUUCUCUGCCCACCCGAAUAGUGACGGCUACUCCUCCGACGAUGGCUGGUCUGCAAGCUCGAAACGAUCCUUGAGUAACGAUUCUCGAGCCAGUCUACCUCUUAAGAAGAGAAGGUUGAGCAUCCAAGGUGUUGACGAAGCACAUGAUCAAGAGAUGGACCUUGAACUCGAAGGAAUCGACACUGGAGGAGACACCA